UCCCUGUCCACCUCCCGAGUCCUGAAAAGCCGUGAUGGAUUUGGAGAAAACCUACACGACCUCCCGGGCCGGCCGCACAGGACAUGGAGGUGUGAAUCAGCUGGGGGGUGUUUUUGUGAACGGCCGCCCCCUCCCAGAUGUCGUUCGCCAAAGGAUUGUUGAGCUUGCCCACCAAGGGGUCCGGCCGUGUGACAUCUCCCGGCAGCUCCGCGUCAGCCACGGCUGUGUCAGCAAAAUACUUGGCAGGUAUUACGAAACCGGGAGUAUUAAGCCUGGAGUGAUUGGAGGAUCAAAACCAAAGGUCGCCACACCCAAAGUCGUCGAAAAAAUUGCAGAGUACAAGCGCCAAAAUCCCACCAUGUUUGCCUGGGAGAUCAGGGAUAGACUGCUUGCUGAGCGAGUGUGUGACAAUGACACCGUGCCCAGUGUCAGUUCAAUUAACAGGAUCAUACGGACGAAGGUGCAGCAGCCACCCAACCAGCAGGUCCCAGCCUCCAGUCACAGCAUAGCCUCCACAGGGUCUGUGACCCAGGUGACCUCCGUGAGCACUGACACUGCCGGCUCAUCUUACUCCAUCAGCGGGAUCCUGGGAAUCGCCUCCCCUGGCACUGAGAGCAACAAGCGCAAGCGGGAUGAAGGUAUUCAGGAAUCUCCAGUACCAAAUGGCCAUUCUCUCCCAGGCAGAGAUUUUCUUCGGAAACAGAUGCGAGGAGACCUUUUCACCCAGCAGCAGCUAGAAGUGUUGGAUCGAGUCUUUGAGAGGCAACAUUAUUCUGACAUUUUCACAACAACUGAGCCCAUCAAACCAGAGCAGUGGUGCUCCAUGCUGAUGAGACAGUGCGUGGUACAACCGCAGGCAGUCAUUUUUCAGGCAACUGAAUAUUCAGCCAUGGCAUCGUUAGCUGGUGGAUUAGAUGACAUGAAGGCCAAUAUAACCAGCCCUACUUCUGCAGAUCUGGGAGCAAACGUUCCCGGGCCUCAGUCAUACCCUAUUGUCACAGGUCGCGAGCUGGCAAGCACAACGCUCCCAGGAUACCCUCCACAUGUCCCUCCUGCCGGACAGGGCAGCUACUCUGCUCCAGCACUGACAGGAAUGGUGCCUGGGAGUGAGUUUUCUGGGAGCCCGUACAGCCACCCCCAAUACUCAACAUACAAUGACUCCUGGAGGUUUCCCAACCCUGGACUCCUGGGCUCCCCGUACUACUACAGCGCUGCAGCCCGUGGGGCAGCCCCACCAGCGACCGCUGCAGCCUAUGACCGCCACUGAUGCCGAGCCUGGGGCACCAGCACUGACU